CUGUAUUCAACACAUUACACAUCUUCGCAUUCGCCCCGAAGAAGAGCGUUUCUGUCACAUACACAUGCCCUUUGACCUAGGACUUGAAGUUAAAAGUGUGACCGAAAAAGCGCGAUCCGGCUGCCCACACGUAACUGCGGAGCCAGCGAAGCCAAGGUCCCGGGUCAAGUGCCAAGCGCUCGCUGCCCCGACUGAGUUGUCCUAGUGCAUGGUUCGACACUGAAGGCUGAAGAGUAAUGGGCCAGGAUCACAAACAGAAUGAGUUACCAUCAACAACACGCCAGUGCAGGCUCCAGCACCAAUGAGAGGGGAGGUACCAGCCCGACGUCCAAUGACCACGCUUCCCAUGAGUUCAGCAAUGACAAUGCCAAUGGACAAAGUCCAAUCAGAAAACCGACUGAAACCACGACGAUUUCACCAAACUCUUCGGGAAGCACAUCGAAGAACAAGCGAUCGAAUGAUCACAAGAAAGCAAAUGGAGCCGGCACAGGCAAUGAAAUGUCGAACGGUGAAAGGCUAGCCGCCAAACACCUUUCUAUGGAUGAACUCCAACUUGGCUUCACUGGCCUAGCUGUCGCAGGGAAUUCAGAUACACAAAGCGCUUAUCACGCGGCCUUACAGCGAGAGCACGAAAGGUUGCAAUGGCAGCGCCAGUGGGCUGCAGAGGUGCAAGCAGCAGCGAUCUCAGCAGAAGUAGCCCAAUGGCGAGAGCUCAGAAUGAAGGAGGAGUCUAUCUUUGCAGGUAUCAUCAGCUCUGCUCUACGGCUCAGCGCGACAAAGGCACAAAGGAGCUACUUGACGAACAAAUAUGGAGGAAUGCCUGGGAAAAGCACAUCACUUGGCCUUAUUGGAUCGGAUGAACUCCGUGAUCCCGACUCCCCCAACACGAGCAUCGGCCUUUCACCCGUCCAGCUGUUUAGCAAGCCUUUGGAAAAGAUUCAGGCAAUGGAGGAUCUCGCACUUGGAAUGCAGGCCUUGCAUUUGUUCGAAUCUGAACGACCAUCGGCUGGAAACAGGCAGAUGCGGCUAGAAAUUGCUCAGCGUGUAGAAGAAGUACUGCUUCGCAAGUGGCCAAGAGCAAGGAUCAAUGUGGAAGUCUUUGGAAGUGCUAUCACUGAAAUUAACAGCACGGAAUCGGACGUGGACCUGGUACUGAUCGACCACACGCGCCCGUACGGUGCGGGAACGCCGCUUGAUUUUGUUCAAAUCGACCCAUAUGACGACUACGGCCUGCCGAUUCUCGACAAGCAAAAUUUCCAACGCCACGAAGAAUACCCAGAGUAUUAUGACGUGCGCAAGGUGGCAGGUGCAUUGCGAGCAUCAGGUUCUUUUUUACAAGUGCACCAUGUCUUCGCGGCAGUGUCUAUAGUCAAGUUCACCGACAAGGAGACAGGUAUUGAAGUAGAUAUCAACAUAAAUGAGCGCUUCGGCCUGAUCAACUCCCAAAUGAUCAAGGCCUACGCCGAUUUACGACCCGCAUUGGUCCGCCCCAUGAUCUACUUCGUGAAAAAGUGGGCAAGUCGACGACAGCUAAACGAUCCCGCUGGCAAGAAUGGUCCGAACAGCUUCAGUAGUUACACCAUUGCGCUCAUGGUGAUCAGCCAUUUGCAGCAUCUCGGGUUGCUACCCAAUUUGCAGGACCCUGACAUCAUCGAUGCGAUCAAGCUGCCACACCUCUUCCAUUGGCGCGCCAAGAACAAGCUGCGUUACAACCGUAGCGGCAAGCUGAAGCUAAAUGAUCAGCAACGCGCGUACGAUGCGACAUGGUACGACCCGUUCAAGGAGCGAGCGAAUCUAAAGCGUGUCUUCAAUGAGAUCAGCGCCUUCGCUCACAGAGCGACCGAGAUGGAGAAAAAUGUUGGCGUGCCCAGCGUGGAUCCGUCCACACGCUGCCAACAGUCGAUUGAUCUGGGUAGCUGCAUCCGUUCGUUCUUUAGUCGCAUGGAGAAAUGGUCAGAGGUACAGGGAAUGAGCAUCGCCAGGCCAAAGGGUUUGUUGCCCCUGGUUCCACGACCACUUGACCCGGAACAUCCUAUCAGCCGGCCGUUCGGCUUGGGCAAGAUCAUGAACGAGGCAAAGAGAGAAAUCGCGCCCAUUCCCCACCAAAUGCGCUACCACGGAGCUGGCUCCUAUGUAGGGGCGGAGGAAGGGCGGAUCAAGGCCGCCACGCAUCACGAUCGACUUUCGAACGAUAUGAUCCUGGCCGAUUUGUAUGCCGGAGGUUGCAAUCCUGGCGACCUCAGAGUGGGAGAUGUUCUAACACUCAACAACUUCCACCUGCCUGACAAGUGGGCCAAAUCCGAUGUUUUCGUCGUCCAGGACCCCUUCAUCAUCGAUCGCAACACUUCGCAGAACAUCGGCAAGGACGUCCUCGAGCGCUGGAAGAAGGAACUGGUCCGUGCGAAUGCAUGCCUCAAGGCUGGAGAGUUGAAUUGCACCAUCCCCAACAUUGCACUUCUGCUCAGCUCCUCUAGGGUGGAAGAGCUCAGGCCCGACGAAGAAGAGGCUCAGGGCAAGGCAAGGCUUCUCGCUGAUUGGAAGAAACUUCAGGAGCGCGACAAUUCGAUAAUCAUGCAUGGAGGAGUCAAUCUUGAGCGCGAUUGAAUUCCUGAAACGUCUUGUAGGACUCACACCUCUCGUUCAUUCUCUUGUACGCAGUUACCAUUGCAUUCCAAGUUUACCCUGCAGAGCCUCGAGCGCCGCUUCUGCGUGUAUGAUUGGUUCUUAAUGUCGUUAUCUAUAGUACAACC